AUGAUGACGGGUCAACCAAAUAGGCCUCCGGCCUGCGAUACAGCUUAUCUGGCUUACCCUCCACAGACCAAUUCACAGUCAUUUCUCCAACGGUCUUUAUACCCCAUAAUUUUAAAGUUUGAAGAGAUAGUCUACAAGGUAAAUUAUGAAAGAAAAGGAACUUGUUGUGGAGGAACAGUGAGCACUAAAGAGAGAACAAUACUAAAUGGGGUGACAGGCAUGGUAUGUCCAGGAGAGAUUCUGGCGAUGUUAGGUCCAUCAGGCAGUGGAAAAACUACCCUCCUUACAGCCCUUGGAGGCCGACUCUCUGGCAGGUUAUCAGGAAAGAUCGCAUACAAUGGCCAGCCUUUUUCAGGUUCCAUCAAACGUCGGACAGGAUUUGUUGCACAGGACGACGUUCUCUAUCAACAUCUCACUGUGUUUGAAACACUUCUAUUUACUGCACUACUAAGGCUACCUAAAACCCUGACUAGAGAAGAGAAAGUACGACAUGUAGAGAAUGUUAUAGUAGAGCUGGGGUUAACUAAGUGCAAGAACAGCAUGAUAGGAGGGCCGCUAUUCAGAGGAAUAUCAGGUGGGGAGAAAAAGAGGGUAAGCAUUGGCCAAGAAAUGUUAAUCAACCCAAGUUUAUUAUUGCUAGAUGAGCCUACAUCAGGUCUUGACUCAACCACGGCUCAGCGGAUCUUGAACACAGUCAAACGGCUAGCUAAUGGUGGUCGAACUGUCAUAACCACCAUCCAUCAGCCUUCUAGCCGACUCUACCAUAUGUUUGACAAGGUAGUCUUGCUCUCAGAGGGUUGCCCAAUCUACUAUGGUCCUACUGCGACAGCCUUGGAGUACUUCUCUUCAAUAGGGUUUCCAACUUCCGUCAUCGACAAUCCUGCAGAUAUCCUGCUCGAUCUUGCUAACGGAAUUGGACCUGAUUUCCAGCACGCAACCGAGUGUGGUGACAAAACACAACAAGAUCCAAAAUCCGUGAGAGAAUUUCUCAUCUCUGCUUAUGACAAGAACAUUUCAACAAGGUUAAAAACUGAGCUAUGCAGUUCAGAUGCAACUAGCUACAACUACAUAAAGGAAACCUCCACAAGAAGUGAUAUUAUGCCAGAGCAAUGGUGCACUACUUGGUGGCAUCAAUUUAAGGUGCUUCUUCUUAGAGGACUGCGAGAGCGAAGGUUUGAUGCCUUCAACAGGUUACGAAUCUUCCAAGUCCUGAGUGUGGCAAUACUUGCCGGGCUUCUGUGGUGGCACACUCCAACAUCUCAUAUUGACGAUCGUAUUGCCAUGCUGUUUUUUUUCUCCGUGUUUUGGGGUUUCUACCCACUCUACAAUGCUGUUUUCACUUUUCCUCAAGAAAGAACCAUGCUAAUCAAGGAACGGUCAUCUGGAAUGUACCGGCUCUCCUCCUACUUCCUAGCCAGAACAGUGGGAGAUCUGCCUCUGGAGCUCGCACUUCCGACAGCAUUUACAUUCAUUCUUUAUUGGAUGGGAGGCCUCAAACCUGACCCUGGCACCUUUAUCUUCUCCCUUCUCAUUGUUCUCUACAGUGUCCUAGUUGCACAAAGUCUCGGCCUUGCAUUUGGUGCCUUACUCAUGGACGUUAAACAAGCCGCCACUUUAGCUUCUGUUACAACUCUGGUGUUCCUAAUUGCUGGAGGAUACUAUAUUAGACAGAUUCCCCCUUUCAUAGUUUGGUUAAAGUACCUGAGCUACAGCUACUACUGUUACAAGCUUCUUCUUGGGGUUCAGUACAGUGAGGACGACUAUUAUGAGUGUGCAACAGGAGUCCAUUGCAGGGUCACAGAUUAUCCCGCCGUCAAAGCGGUAGGUAUAAGCAAUCUGUGGACGGAUGUGGCCGUCAUGGCACUUAUGUUGGUGGGCUAUCGAUUUAUGGCAUAUCUAGCUUUACAUCGGGUGCGAUGA